AUUUUAUUCAUAUCCUGAUGGAAUCGUGGAACCCAGUCAAUCAGCUGAUCCGUUUCGCUUUUCAUCUUUAUCUGAAGAAGCUUGAUUGCAAAGAUGGCGAGCCGGGCGGUUGGCAUGGAUAACGGCAGGGUUUCUUCUGUCGGUUUCCGAUGUUUGGUACGGAGAAAGUCAGUUGACUCCGCGGCAACUCGAGGCCGGGACGAUGGAGGACAUCCGCGCUUAGCUCGAAAGCUCUCUGUCGUCGACCUCAUCGCCAUGGGUGUUGGAGCAACCAUAGGUGCUGGGGUUUAUAUUCUUGUUGGAACAGUGGCUAGAGAGCACACAGGGCCUUCCCUUGCUAUUUCUUUCUUUAUAGGUGGAAUAGCAGCUGCUCUUUCUGCUUUUUGCUAUGCAGAGCUUGCAUGCCGUUGUCCAUCUGCUGGCAGUGCAUAUCAUUUCUCAUAUGUCUGCAUAGGAGAAGGGGUCGCAUGGUUAAUUGGGUGGGCUAUGAUACUUGAGUACACUCUUGGUGGUGCAGCUGCUGCUCGUGGCAUAUCUCCAAAUUUGGCCAUGUAUUUUGGAGGUGAAGACAAACUUCCUGCAAUUUUUGGUCGUCCAACUAUUUUGGGCAUCUUAGUAGAUCCUGGUGCAGCAGUUUUGGUUCUCAUUAUCACUGGCCUCCUCUGCACUGGAAUCAAGGAGAGCUCUCUUGCACAGACCAUUAUUACAACAAUAAAUAUCUUUGCUUUGAUAUUCAUUGUCAUUGCUGGUGCAUACCUGGGUUUCAAGACUGGAUGGGUUGGUUAUGAACUUCCGAGCGGGUAUUUUCCAUUUGGAGUAAAUGGGUUGCUUGCAGGCUCUGCUACAGUGUUCUUUUCCUACAUCGGUUUUGAUAUUGUUGCCAGCACUUCUGAGGAGGUGAAGAACCCUUCACGUGAUAUGCCUCUUGGUAUAGGGGCCUCAUUGGCUAUAUGUACUAUAUUAUAUGUGCUUGUAUCAGCUGUGAUUGUUGGAUUAGUACCAUAUUAUGCUCUAGAUCCAGACACACCGGUUUCCUCUGCUUUUGCUAGCUAUGGCAUGAAUUGGGCUGUUUACAUAAUUACAACUGGAGCAGUGACUGCUCUUUGUGCAAGUUUAAUCGGUGCAAUUAUUCCACAGCCUCGAAUACUGAUGGCGAUGGGUAGGGAUGGAUUACUGCCAUCCUUCUUUUCUGACAUUAGUAAGCACACUCAAGUUCCUGUUAAGGGUACCUUAGCAACUGGGAUUUUUAUUGCAGCACUGGCCUUCUUCAUGGACGUUUCACAAUUGGCAGGAAUGGUUAGUGUGGGAACAUUACUUGCAUUCACUACUGUUGCUAUUUCUGUAUUGGUAGUCAGAUACGUUCCUCCAGAUGAGUUCUCUUUCCCAUCAUUGCUCCAGCCAUCCAUAACUCCUGCAUCAUUCACACAACAUAGUAAAGCUCUGCGAAUUGGGGAUGAAAACACUAAAUCCAUAAGCAUGCCUUAUAGUAACAGUGAACAUCUUCACCCUGUGGUUGAAUGUCCUCUUCUUCCAAAAGAGACAACCCAAGAUGCCUGCAAUGAACUCAGGAGACGAAAAAUUGCUGCUUGGGCUAUCACUCUAGUAUGCGUAGGGAUCCUUCUGUUCGUAUCUGCUGCUUCAGCUGAGGGUCUUUCCAGCAUUCCCCGCUUUCUAGUUUGUGGAGUUGGUGGCAUGAUUGUGUUAUGCUGCUCGACAGUCCUCGCCUGUGUAGAUCAAGCUGAUCUGAGGCGGAGAUUCAAGAAAUCAGGAGGUUUUCUCUGCCCAUUCGUUCCAUUUCUCCCCAUCGCCAGCAUACUCGUGAACACAUAUUUGCUGAUAAACAUCGGGGCCGAGACUUGGAUUUAUGUUUUACUAUGGUUGGCAGCUGGAGCGUUGAUAUAUUCAUUCUACGGACGAACUCAUAGCCUACUGCAAUCGCGUGAUCAUUCCCAUUCCGAGAUAUGCUGCACAGCAGAAUGAUAGAUGCAGUGUUGUGGUUUAAGAAUGAUGAGAAGGUGCAUAUCUAUAGUGUAUAUGUUGUAUAGCUAAUACAUAUCUAUAGUGUAUGAGUAUUAGCUGUGUACAAAGCUGGCUAUUAAGAGAUCCUCAAAACAUUUUGAAUUUGCUUUUCAUUGUGAAGGCCAUUUUUUUCCCUUCAUUUUCUGAAA